AGGCUGACAGCAGUCCUGGGGGUGGUUUGCACCACUCUGUCCCCAUGGGGAUCAUCUUAUGACCCUGGAGAAGAGCUCAGCUGACCCAUGGGGAGAUUGAAUCCGUGACCUAGUACCUCAAUGAAAGAAAGGAUGUCUUCCAAAAGAAGGAUGUGGGCAAGUGAUGGACUUUGAUGAAAUUCUCACCCAGUUAAUGGCUGGGCUAGACCAGGGCUACAAGUGGGAAGGCAGUUAGUUGCACUUGGCCAGAAGCCAGAGGGCAGCCAGAAGCUUUGGCCACUUGCCCUUGUGAAAGCUGCUCCCAUUCACCAUGUUCCAAGGAAAAGAUGGCUUCCUAGAAAUUAAGGCUUUGACACCAAGGGCAUGGGAGCUGUGGUUGGAAGGGAUCUUUAAGAUCAGCCAGUCCUCUUAGAACUGAUACUACCAGGCCUAGAGACGGGAGGCCAAACCUGGUCUUGGACACUUGCUAACUGUGUGAGCUGGGCCCAGUUGCCUGCCUUACCCCUUUUCUACCUGGGAACCAGUACUUAGUAGGAGUUCUAAGACAGAAGGUAAGUGUUUCAAGCAAACAAACCUCUUCAUUUUGUAGUUGUGACCGGGGGAGGGAUUUGACUAAGGCUACACAGUGAAUUCCUGGCAGAGAGAUGCUUGGCAAAUUCGGUCCUGGCAUUCAGUACUUGGCUUCAAUAGAUGAAGCCCCCCCCCCCCCUUUAGAGGAUCUGCCACUGUAGUAUGUAGGCCCCUUGUUGGAAGACACAGUAGAGUUCUUGGCAUGGUUCCUUGGGAACAAAGUCUUCCUUUGGUGGCACAGCAAAUGCCAGCUUCCCCCUUGGAGAGCAUCACCUCGCCUCUCCAAGUGGCAGGGCCCUUCCAACUUCUCUCCUCAUAGAACUUCAGAGUAUGGAGGCACCUCAGAGAUCAGCAGCUCCAAAAUACCCUUGAACAGGCAGCCUCGGCCUUGACAGCAUCCCCAUUAAGAAGUGCCAAGGGUGACAGGGAGCUCCCCCCCUCCCAGAUGACUUCCUCCAGAGUUGGAGGAGCUCAGUGAAUUUUGAAUCGCAGUGCAUGGAGCCUGACCUAGCCUCUCCCAAGCAGCUCCCCAGCCCCAAAGCCCACGUUGAAUCCCAUGUCCGCGUGCCCGUGGGAAGACAGGCAGGUGCCACAGCUGCUGAGGCUCUCGACUGAUGGGUGGUGACUGUGUGGCUCCUCAGGAGGGGAGGUGGGACCUAGAGCAACCUAGGGUCAGAGCCCGCAACUCUGGCUGGACUCGGAGGUCCAAGGCUCUUUCCUUUACACCCCGCCCCUACCUCUUCCUCCACUUGCGGGGCCUUGUCCCCAUUGGCUAGCCAGAGGCAACUGACUGUGGUAUCCAAUGGGAGCCACUGUCCUGGGCAUCCCGGGCGAGGGGCGCUCUCGGUGUGACGGGGCUGGGGAGCUGGGGGAGCGGGGGAGGCCGGAGCCUGGUACGAGGUGGCGAACAUCUGGUGAGGGGACACCCGCUGGCCCCUCCCACCUCUACUAGCCCCGGGGGAGGCGAAGGUUAGACAGCAGCAGCAGCAGCAGCCAGAGCGGUGGUGGCACCGGCGGCCGCCGUGAGCGCCACCUGAUUGUUAGACCUGCCCAUUCGGCACUGCCCACGCGCCGCGGCCGCCGCCGCCUCUCGCCGCCUGCCGUCUGCCUUUUGUACCACGCGCGCUCUCCGCACACACGCGCGUUCCCGCACACGCACGCACAGAGCCUCGGGCUCCGCAACGCCAGCACCCACCCGCCGGGACUCCCACACCCUCCGGCCAGAGGCGCCGGCGAGCCGCGGCGGCGGACCCUUCUUUGUGUGGUGGCGGCCGGCCGGCCGGCCAAGGCCGCCCUCGGGCCCGGCGCACGGGGUCAUGCCGCAUCGCGCUGCCGCCACCGCCUCCUCCUCGGACACGGCCGGCGCCAGCCUGGCCUCCCUGGAGCUCGACUCGGCGGCCAUGGAGCACUACGUGCAGGUCCGCAUCUUCAAGAUCAUCGUAAUCGGAGACUCGAACGUGGGCAAGACGUGCCUGACAUUCCGCUUCUGCGGCGGCACCUUUCCGGACAAGACCGAAGCCACCAUCGGCGUGGACUUCAAGGAGAAGACGGUGGACAUCGAGGGCGAGAAGAUCAAGGUGCAGGUCUGGGAUACUGCUGGCCAGGAACGGUUCCGCAAAAGCAUGGUGGAACACUAUUACCGAAAUGUGCACGCAGUGGUCUUUGUCUACGAUGUCACCAAAAUGACUUCCUUUAUCAACCUUAAGAUGUGGAUCCAGGAAUGUAAUGGGCAUGCUGUCUCUCCACUUGUCCCCAGGGUGCUUGUGGGCAACAAGUGUGACUUGAGGGGACAGAUCCAGGUACCCUCCAGCCUGGCUUUGAAAUUUGCCGAUGCUCAUAACAUGCUGUUGUUUGAAACGUCAGCCAAGGACCCCAAAGAGAGCCAAAAUGUGGAGUCCAUUUUCAUGUCCUUGGCCUGUCGCUUGAAGGCUCAGAAAUCACUACUGUAUCGAGAUCUGGAGAAGCAGCCAGGGAAGGUGCAGAAACUGGAGUUCCCACAGGAUGCAAACAGCAAAACUUCCUGUCCCUGUUGAAGCCACAUGGUUUCAGAUGAGCUAUUAUUACAAUUUCUCCCCUUUCCCUGUGACUCCACUACUGAUGAACACAGCUUGUUUCUGUACAAGUUGAUAUUAAAAUAUGAUUUGUAUAGAUUA